AUGCUAGAAUCUGAAUCCGACGACAACUCCGCCUUUGACAUGACAGUAAAUUUUGCCUCUGCCAGUCAACCCUGCUCCGACGCCGCCGCCAUAGCCACUGCAGAUUCCUCGUCCUCCGCCAUUAAGGUUUACAUGUAUGACCUUCCCAUUCGGUUCACCUACGGUGUCAUCACCACCCGAUCCGCCUCCCGAGGCGGCGGCACGCCAAAGAAUCUAACCUCGCUGAGCUACCCAGGACACCAGCACAUGGGAGAGUGGUUUCUGUUCCUGGACAUGAACCGUCCAGAGUCAGAUCGGAUAGGGUCACCGGUGACCCGGGUGAUGGACCCGGAAGAAGCGGAGCUGGUCUACGUGCCGUUCUUCUCGUUGCUGAGCCAGAUGGUGUCGACGAGCCAACAAGGCGAUGGGUCGGAGGCGGCAUACAGUGACGAGGAGACGCAGAAAGCGCUGGUGGAGUGGCUGGAGGGGCAGAAGUACUGGCAGAGGAAUGGAGGGAGGGACCACGUGUUCACGGCGGCAGACCCCAAGUCGCUGUUGCAUGUGUGGAUAAGGUGA